CCUCACUACGUAGUACCUCUCGGCGAAUGGGAAUUCACCAGUGGCAAGGCUCAUCGCACACCCAUGACUAAUACUCCUGCAGAUUCUCGUGUACAGCCUCACAGAGCGGACGCAUUUAUCAGCAGAUCUAGCUCCUAAAUUUGCAAAAAAAAAUAAAUUGCAUAAUCGACGUGAAUCGAUUGAAAUCCCCAGAUUGUCCUCUUCACCAGUGAGUCCAUCCACCAAAGCCCAUGGGAUCGUCAUCGAGUAUUGCGUGGUAAAAAGUGCAACAGGGAAUUCGCCAAGCACGUCUGCUGGUUCUGAAUGCCGAGCUGUGCAUGUGUACAGGAAACACGUGGUUGUGUACGGAGUAGAGGCCUCCGCGCAGCGUGAACGCGUCUUCAAAAGUGGUGAAUAUCUCCAUCGAGUCCAGACGGUCCCCCAGCCUCCACGGGCGUCCACACAAUGGCACACGAGUAAAUAACGACAAUAGGGGCGAACAGUCAGUGGGCAGUGACGCGAGUUAAAACGAUAUUCCACUGGACAAUUUCGUAAUUCAUGAAUCACCCGAGAUUUUCAAAGAAUUGAGUAAAAAUACGUGGAGUCAGUGGUACGUGGUACGUGCUCCAGGGUGAUAGAGCAGUUGAGGUUCACUAUCAUCUAGAAUUGUCACGUGGUUUCCUCCCAAAAGAGGCAGAGUUUAACGACUGCGUUUACCGCCUAACCUGUACAUCCAGCAACAUUUGUUUUCUGCGAUUUUGGAAUUUUGGAGCACUUCAAUAUUGCUGGAGAAGGUGUUUUGACCUCUGGGGAACUGCACUGCCGGAGAACCACUUGGGCUUUUGAGGGAAUCAAGAAACCCUUGGUGGUCAAGUGACAAAAAACACCAGAGUUCAGCAGCGAUAUAAACAAAGAAAAAUUUAAAAAAAAGGAAAGGUUAAGUAAACCUGAGCAACAUGAUUGUGGAAGACAAACUUGAGAUGGAGAGUUUUUGGGUGAGUGGAGCAAUCACAGCGAUAAAGGCACUGUCUUACGUCUAUGAUCUCCUAACAUUUCCCGUCUAUUUAAUUCUCCAACGACCCUGGGAAAAGAGGAAAUUAUCGAGACGAGUGAAGGCCAAACCAAUCGCUAAGGACGAAGACUCAAUAACGUACAGAAAUACUGAUGAUCCUGGGCCUAUACAUGUUAAACUCCAGCGACAAAAUGUUGAUACACUUGAGAAGGUAUUGCGUUAUGCCGCUGAAAUACAUGGGGGCAAAAGGUGCUUGGGGACGAGGCAAAUACUCGCUGAGGAGAACGAAGUCCAACCCAAUGGUCGAGUAUUUAAAAAGUACAAGAUGGGCGAGUACAAGUGGAAAAGUUACACAGAAAUCGAGAGAUUGGCUGCAUCGUUCAGCCGUGGUUUACGUGAACUCGGUAUGACAAAGAAAAAGAAUAUCGCUAUAUUGGCGGAGACUCGUGAAGAAUGGAUGAUUGCGGCGCAUGCAUGCUUCAAGCAGGAUCUCUCAGUGGUGACGAUCUACGCUACUCUCGGUGACGAGGCAAUUGCCCACGGAAUCAAUGAAACCGAAGUCGAUACCGUCAUAACGAGUCACGAUUUGCUUCCAAAAUUCCAGAGGCUGUUGUCACUAACAUCAGCAGUGAAGAAUAUUAUCUACAUGGAGGAUCAGCUGGUGGCAUCUGAGACUAUUGGUUUCAAGGAGGGUGUCAAUCUCAUUCCAUUUUCAGAUGUCAUCAAGAAGGGAAAUACGUCUUCCGCGGAGUCUGUCCCCCCCAAGGCUGAUGAUAUCGCCAUUAUAAUGUACACAUCUGGCUCCACUGGAAUCCCCAAAGGUGUACUCCUGUCCCACAAGAAUAUGUUGUCAACUCUGAAAGCCUUCUGCAGCUGCAUUACAACAUACGAGGAUGAUGUAUUCUUUGGAUUUUUACCUCUUGCACAUGUCUUUGAAUUGUUGGCCGAGAGUGUCGCAAUUCUCGCUGGCAUUCCCAUCGGCUACAGUUCACCCCUGACUAUGAUCGACUCUAGUAGCAAAAUAAUGAGGGGAUGUAAGGGCGAUGCUUCUGUUCUGAAGCCAACGUGCAUGACAGCUGUCCCCCUCAUUCUUGACAGAAUCUCCAAGGGAAUCAAUGAGAAGGUAAAAAAAUCGGGAGCACUUAGUCAAGCGAUAUUCAAUUUUGCAUAUCAGUACAAACUCAAGUGGACAAAGAGGGGCUACAGUACACCACUCUUCGAUCGUUUCAUUUUUGGCUCGGCUAAGCAAGUACUCGGUGGAAAAAUUCGGCUUAUUCUCUCUGGAGGUGCUCCACUGACACCCGAGACUCACACUCAGGUGAAAAUUUGUCUUUGUGUCACUCUUACCCAGGGAUAUGGACUCACUGAGACCACCUCGUCAGCAACUGUCAUGGAUUAUUACGACAGAAGUACGGGGAGAGUUGGUGCACCUGUUAUUGGAUGUGACAUUAGACUGGAGAACUGGGAGGAGGCUAGUUACAGGGUCACCGAUAGCCCCUAUCCUAGAGGGGAAAUUAUCAUUGGGGGGGAAAAUGUGUCGCAAGGAUAUUACAAGAUCCCUGAUAAGACUAAGGACGAUUUUUUCUUCAAGGAUGGGAAACAGUGGUUCAGGUCGGGUGACAUUGGCGAGGUACAUCCCGAUGGAUGCAUUAAAAUCAUUGAUCGUAAAAAAGACUUGGUAAAGCUCCAGCUUGGUGAGUAUGUUUCUCUUGGCAAGGUCGAGGCUGAAUUAAAAACUUGUCCAUUGGUUGAAAAUAUUUGUGUAUACGGCGAUGCACAUAAAGCGUAUACGGUGGCCCUUGUAGUGCCAAAUCCUCGGCUUCUCGAGGAAAUUGCUAUUAACCUUGGCGUUACUAAUGCCAGUCUCGAAGAGCUCUGCGAAAAUCCUGUCAUUGAGAAAGCUGUACUGCAAGAGUUGAUCGAACAGUCUAAGAAAUCUCAUCUACAAAGGUUUGAGAUCCCAGGGGCUUUGAAACUGUGCGCUGAACAGUGGUCGCCAGACAUGGGGCUCGUCACAGCAGCCUUCAAGCUCAAGAGAAAAGCAGUUCAAGAACGCUAUCAACAUGAAAUCAACAGAAUGUAUGCAUCGUGAUGCUCAAUCAAAUGCCUCAAGUGCAGGACGAAAGCCUGGAAUGACAACAAAAGAAAAUCUUAAUCGAAUUCGUCAUACGCAAUAAUCCCCCCCCCCUGCCUUAAUAAGCAGUAACAAAGAAUAUUGAUGGUAAAACGAAAGCUUCACAUUAGUUGUGGUGAGUUUAUGUAAUUAUUGUGAAUAGAAUUGAAACACUAGGUCAAAAGUGCAGUCAAGCAUCAAACACGAAAAAAAAUCAUAGAAAGACCUGGGAAAUUCCGGGAAAAAUUGCAUUGGAUUUUUGUCUAAUCUUUAGUGAAUUUUUUGGGCUUUGAUUUUAUGGAGGAAAUGGGUAUUAGAAAAUAUUCCGCAGGUAGGAAUUGGAAUUUCAUUUUUCAGUAACAUUUUUUCUGUCAAUGCAUUCUCUGCAAAAAAUUUAUAAAUAUGAAUUUUCUUGCUUUUUCGUUUUCAGUUCAUCUAAAAAAUCGAAUGAAUGAACUUGAAAAAUAAAAAUCCAUUGGAAAUCGUUUGGUAAUUCCCCAGGUUUGUCCAUAAAAUAAUAACGUGAUAACCGUCGAAAGUAAUUCUUACGAGACCGAAUCCUGAUAUUUUUUUUCUACCACAAAAUGAAACUCAAAUACCUCCUGACGAUGAGCGAUAAACAUAACGAGUCUUUCCUAGACUUAACGUUGACUGUAGCAAUACAAAAGCACACAAGGAUUAAUUCACUUUGUUUAUCUACUAAUUUUUUAUUGAUCCUUUGCGAUACUUCCAAGAUUGAUAUACUCAUGUUGGUGAUGAUAUUAAUUUUUUCGUUAGAAAAAGAAACAAAAUAUUGCUCCUAUCAUAUUGAAUAUAGAUCAUACACUAUAUAUUUUUGAUCGAGUUUUUGAAUUCCAUCGUCAGAGUGGAAUUCAAUUAUUUUUUUAAUGAUGUCAAAAUGCCCACGUGCUGUCGCGUUAGUCGUCAUUGUUGUACAUUCGUUGUCUUUGAUGGGAUCUGUGGUUUCGUAAUUGAAAUGACAGAAAAAAAUGUUGAUUAAAGUAAAUAAUUGUUGAUAUCCCAAUAUUUCAAACAAUAUUUUUCCGCUUUUCAGUGUAAAAAAAGUGGUCGAGAGUAAUUUGCUCAUUUGCAUCAAUCGUUGCACGUCAUUUUUGCCACUUUUCACAAUUUACUUUUUUUUGUUAAUGCGACAAUAAUUGUAUAGACUUCAAUGCUCGCACAAAUUUAGCACUGACAAAAGUCUUAAAUGUUACUGUUAUGUUAAGGAGAGGCUGCAAUGUGUAUUACAAGUCGUGAGAUAUUGGAAUGUGAUUUCCAAACCCUGAGCUAUUGAUUAUGCGUCUAAAACAAAUAAGACCUUGUCAAAAAUGUUAAGCAUCUGAGGAACAAAACGGGGCAGAAAUUUUGUUCUGCACUGAUUAUCAAUUUUCAGACGUGACAUCGAACGUCAAUACACAAAGCAUCUCGCUCCACUAACUCUACGACUUUUAAAAUUCAUAUUAGUCUUGAAAAUUACGAGCACAUAUUUUUUCUUUGAUACGAAGUAUCGUAACUUUAAAUUUUUUACUUCGUUGGGAGUUGAAAUUGCCUAAUGCAUAUGUAUAUUAUAGUCGAAUAUAUGUACAAUUUGUUCCUAUCGAUGUCUCAUAUGAUUGUUACUUGAAAGUUAACAAGAAUGAAUGAAAAAUCCGGUUAAUAUUAAUUCGGAAAGUACAAACUCAUUUCUCAGGGUGGAUUAAGCGUGGGAAAUGAGGCUCCAACGGAAUCGAGACCUCUCGACAACAUUCUGUUGCUAGUAAUACUGUCAACAGUCUGUUGACCGGAUUACCGAAAUUUUGAUCCCCGUAAAAAUGUCUGCGAUGGAGUUGUCGUACUUUUUACGUCUAGUCUUUCAUUGGAACCUGAAAUUUAGUCCAUCAUUCUUUUAAAUUAUUGCAAUACUUACUUGGACGUCGUACUACAUAAUGUUGUGUUUGUAUAUGUUUAUGGAAUUUAAACUAAUUAGUUCAGCUAAAUGGCCGAUGAAUUAAAAAUAAUACUAUUUAGAAUUUUUUGUUAAAUGAAAGUAUUGCAAAAUUGUUUGAGUAAAGUUAUUUAGAUAUUUUUUCGGAAGAUUUUUUCCGACGAUCAAAAUUCCAGUCAACUGUUGACAGCAGUACUACCAAUGCCGAGGAUAGUAAUGAAUGAAAAAAAAUGACGAAUAGUUGGAAAGCCGUCAGUUUAGUUUUGAAAAACGAUAUACAUCUGUGCAAACUUAAAUAAUAAAGUAAAAAGUGUCUGGUAACUGUAAGUACAUCCAAGAAUAAUUAGCAUUUAGUUAGAAGGGUAAAUUUGUGUUAAAUAAAUUACGUGAAUGUGCGAUUUCUCGAGGCUGGGGCUGAAUUGUUUGUGUGAAAGAUAUUUAAAAUUGAAAGAUCCCUUAUUUUUCUUUUGUUAUCAAGUGGGAUGGGAGAAGAGACUUAGGUGAAUCGGUACUAAAUAUAUUUAUUAAGAAUGUUGUAUAUUAAAUUAAAUACAAAGAAAAAUAAUGAAUAUCGAGUAAUAAAUGUACAGAUGUAAAAAAAACACCUGCGAGUGUUAGAAAAAAAAUGAAAAAAAUUUACAGAUAUCACUGA